UCUUAACUCUAAUCUUUUUCAAAAUGGGUGAAAUCGUUAUUAGCAAGGAAUACGGCUACGUUCUGUCUACCUUUACCGCUAGCGCUCUAUAUCUUUUCAGCUUGGGCAUUCAAGUUGGUAAAUACCGCCGCGCCGCCGAUGUCCCAUACCCUUAUGCAUACGCCGAAAGAGCGGAAGCAGAAAAAGAUCCCAAGAAGCACUUGUUCAACUGCGCUCAACGUGUCCACCAGAACAACCUGGAGGUAUUCCCAGUGUACUCGUCUCUCUUGUUGGUAGGUGGCAUCAGCCAUCCAGUCUAUGCUUCUGCUGCCGGUGCUGUAUUUUUGAUCGGUAGAGCAGUAUAUUCGGCUAAUUAUCUCAGUGGUGACCCCAAAAAGCGUGUCCGUGGUGCCUUCUACUCCUUGGGCCUCCUUGCUCUUUUGGGCAUGACUGGCUCCACCCUUUACAAUCUUCUUUUGCAGUAGAAAGGAAAAUAUAAAUGGAGCGUGCUUAUGACAGAGUGCUGUGUUAUCAAGUGUGCCGUUGCAUACAAAGGCUAAUAUGGCUUUGUAAAAACAUGAAAACUGUUAGACUUCUGUAUUUAUCUUAAUAUAAAUAAACCGUAUCGCAAAAUAUAGUUAUUACC